AUGGCUUUUUUGAGUGAAGAUAAUAAGGAAAUUGGCCUUCCAAUGGAACUUUCAAUAUUUGCUUCUCCCCCUAACCAAGUGGCCAUAGAUAAAAUAACAUAUACAGAGGAAAGGCCAAUAUCUAAUCUGAUUAAUGAUUCCACACCCAUUGAAAUAGUAAUCUCAGGAGCUGGUAAUGAUUACAUUGACUUGAGAAAAAGUCGUCUUUUUGUUAAAUUACAAAUUUUAAAAGAAGACGGAUCUUACCUGCAACCAAAAGAAAAAACGGGAAUUAUUAAUUUACCGUUACAGAGUAUGUUUUCACACAUUGAUGUAUACAUGAACAACAAAUUAGUAUCGGCUAAUUCUAACAAUUAUCCAUGGAAAUCGUACUUCAAAGUUAUACUGUCUUCGGGAAGCGAUGAACAAAAUUCUCAACUUCAAAGUCAGCUUUUUAUGAAGGAUGAUGACCCUAUGGAUUCGUUGACAUUAAAUGCUGGAUAUGUUAACAGAUAUGAAUACACAAAAGAGUCUAGGACAUUCGAAUUAGAAAGUAAUUUGAUGGAAGAUGCAUUACUUUUGGAUAAGUACUUGAUUAGUGGCGUGGACAUUUACAUGAAACUGUUCCGUUCCAGUGCUUCUUUUUUACUGAUGUCCGGAGAAGCAAAACCAAAUUACAAGGUUAAAAUAUUAGACGUGUUCUAUAGAACUGCUAGGGUUAAAGUGGAUCCGGGUGUUAUUUUGAAUCAUAGGCGUCAAAUUCAAGAAUCUCCAGCUAAAUAUUUGAUUAACAGAAGUAACGUAAUACAAAAUGUCAUACCUCUAGGAUCAACAGAAUUUUACUGGGAUUCUUUAUUUCCGAAAUCUCUACCUUCUAAAGUUGUGUUCGGACUUGUUCCUCAAAAGGCAAUAAAUGGUGAUUAUACGGCCAAUCCUUUCAAUUUUCAACACUUUAACAUGUCAUGUAUUACUUUGAAAGUCAAUGGUGUGGAAGUGUAUGGAUCACCUCUUAACAUGGAUUUUAGCAACAACAGAAAUUACACAGCAGCAUAUGUAAGACUUUUUGAAAUAUGCGAUAAAUGGCAGAAGGAUACAGGAUUAAAUAUUUCUUUGAAUGAUUUUGGGAAUGGUUAUACGUUCAUAGUGUUUUCCUUAGAUCCUUCUGAUUUCCAAGAAGAUUUUCUCAAUUUGGUAAAACACGGAAAUGCUCGAUUAGAAAAACGGUUUAGCCUACCCACAACAGAGGUUGUGAAUUGCAUGUGCUAUUACCAAUCGCAAGCCAUUUUGACAUGUGACGAGACAAGAAAUAUAAACAUAGUGGAACCAUGA